AUGUGUACGUUUCGAAGUUUAACGUUCAGGCACUUCCGGGUUUCCCUCCAUUAAAGCACAGGGGGUCCUCUUGCGUGGGUUUCGCUAACAAAGCAGGCUCCAAAAUGUCGGGAGAGGUGUAUCUCCUGUGGCUCCUGUCGCUUUUAAAAACGCUGUCGGCAUACGGCGCCCAGGUGUCGUCAGAGGCGUGCAGGGAGCUGGGCUUCUCCAGCAACCUGCUGUGCAGCUCCUGUGACUUGCUCGGGGAGUUCAGCCUCGCCAAGCUCCAGCCUGACUGCCAUCAGUGCUGCCAGCAGGAGGCCCAGAUGGAAGGGCGCAAGCUUUACGCCGGCGCCAUCCUCGAGGUGUGCGGAUGAAAACUGGGGAGGUUCCCUCAAGUCCAAGCUUUUGUCAGGAGCGAGAAGCCGAAGAUGUUCAAGGGUCUGCAGAUCAAGUAUGUCAGAGGCUCAGAUCCUGUUCUAAAGCUUUUGGACGAUAACGGGAACAUCGCUGAAGAACUCAGCAUCCUCAAGUGGAACACAGACAGUGUGGAGGAGUUCCUCAGUGAGAAAUUAGACCGGAUAUAGACCAAUAUUCAAAAGCCCAAUAUUUUUCUUUCUUUUUUAUAAGUCUGUAGUGAAAGGGUCUCCUCCACAUUACAAAGUAAAACAUAUUUCAUGACUUGCUCUUUUAUAUAACUGUGCAGAUAGCUUCUGUUUGAUGUGCUGAGGCUUUGAGAUUUGUGACUGCUCUUUCAGGGGAAUUAAAUCUUGUUAGUUGUGCUCGCAGCACUGAAGAAUUACAUCUGAAAUAUUAACCAGCAACUUGUGUUUGCUGAAACUGUGUCAUGAUAAGUGCUGAUUAACCACCUACCGCCCUGUCAGCAGUAUCCAUUUGAAAUACUUUACACCGAAUGAAAUUGUCCAAAUGAAAACUGAGACAUCUCUGGAAAGCUCUGCUUUGCAAAUGUAAUAAAGAGACAAAUCUUUAAAAGCUUCAGCAAAUUAAACUUAAACGUAUCUGCAUGGUUGGAGACGACGAUCGUUUGUACUUUUGUUUGAUCCAACCCUUCAGUUAUUUACCAAUUUGUACACAACUGGGCCUCGAUAGAUGGUUGUUAAAAUACUUCUAUUACUGUUUUUGUAUCUGAACAUCAUGAAGAUCUUGUCUUAUGUGAGUGUGUAAAACGACAUCAGAGUCUAGAGGGGCAGCACACCCGAAAUAUUCAUCAACAUGACAGAUAAAUCAUGCAUGACAAAUUUUUUUCCCAUCAGAUUUGAUAAGACGUUAACAAUGGUACAUCAUUACCUGUUUUGUUGUCUGAUAUUCUUGUAUAAUUAUUUUUUUAUAAUGCUCGACUGAUGGAAUUUGUAUCGAAACUAAAUGGAUCAAAGUUGCUUUCCAAAUGCAGACGUCUUUGCAGAGGCACAUAUUAGUGAAGACCUCACAGUAAACCAGUGUUGGGAUGUGACGUCCGAUGUGUUUUUGUGUUUUUCUGCAUCUUCUGCUUUGAAAAGCAACUGGAUUCAUUGUGGAUGCUUGUUGUUUAAGGUGGAGGUUUAAAUAUGCAACAAUAAAUAAAAGUCUCUGAUGGUU